UCUCAAUCAAGUUUAAACAGUUACAAAUUAUAUUGAUAAUUCUAUUAUACAAGAAUUCCCCUAAUUCAUUUCUAUAAUAACAAAGAAAUAAGAAUAUUUUGAAUAAAGUAUAAACAUUAGUAUCGAUUUGAAAUUGAAACAGUAAACACGCAUCAUGAAACACAAUAAACGAAAUUUAGAAUCUGAUGACCAUGGUUUCUCUCAUAAUUUAAAUAAAGAAAAAAAAAUAAAAAUUGAUAGUUUCAUGGAUAUACAAAAUACAAUAUCAGAAUGGGUUAUUCGUUGCAAAAUUGUGAAUAAAUCAAACAUUAAGUCGUAUAAAAGUGGAAAAUUAUUUUCUAUCGAUUUAAUAGAUUCUUCAAGUCAAUUUCGAUGUACUUUCUUUGACGAUGCGGUUGAUAAAUUUUUUGAAAUUGUGCAGAUCGGUAAGCAGUACAUUUUGUCAAAAUUCUAUGUAUCAACACCUCAUCCAAAAUUUAAUGUAUUCAAUAAUAGAAUUGAAAUCCAAAUGAAAACUGAUUCGUCGAUCAAAGAAAAUGAUGAAAAUGAUAUUUUCCUUCCUGACAACAUGUAUACUUUUAAAACCAUCGAGGAAAUUAAAUUAAUGGAAACAGGAACAUUUACAGAUCUAAAAGCGAAAAUCUUUCACAUAAAUGAAAUUGAAGAAAUUGUUCUUAAAACUGGAACAAAAUUCGUAAAAAGAUCUGUAACAAUAGUCGACGAGUUAAACGAAAAAAUUGAUUUUGCAUUAUGGCGUGAGAAUGCACAAAAUUUUUCGAUGAAUGUUGAUGAUGACAUUAUUAUUAAAGGCGGAAAGGUCCUAUUUUACAAUAACAUUGCCUACAUUUCUAUAAUAAAUUCAUCAAUUAUAACACUUAAUGAAGGGGAAGAAGAAGCAAAUAAUAAUAAUGACAAGACAGAAGAUCAUUCUUCUAAGCAUGAUGAGAAUGAAAGAAAUACGAAGCAUUCAAAAAAUGUGAGACAUAAUGAAGAACAUAGACAAUCUCAAUCGUCUGCUAUUUACAGACCUAUUUAAAACUCGUAAUUUCUACAAUUCAAAGCGAUAUAAAGGUCAUUUUCAGAAUUAUCAACAUGCUGCAUUUAGAAGGA